CAUCUCCUCCUCAGUGUGUCUCUUUACUGGUUGUCUUGUCCCUAAAGGUAGUGUUGGGUCACCUACAGCACCGGACAGGCUGUGUGUUACUAUUUUUCUCUCUUGAACCCGAGGUCAAUGGAAUUAACCAUGGUGGGAUUGUUUGUUGUGGUCGCCCUGCUAAUUACUGGGUCGAAUGGGACAGUCUGCUACACUGCUGUGGAAUCACUGGACUUAAGAUGCCUCCUGCAGUGGGAUUGUCCCCAUGCCAGUCCUAAUACCACCUAUACCGUGCAGACAAAGACGCAGGGGGACCCCUGGCAGGAAGUACCAUGGUGCGUUUGGAUCUCGUCCCGCAGCUGUGACGUCUCCCCGGCUUUCUCAAACUUUGAGUUGUAUAACAUGAUCCGUUUGGGCGUCCACCUCAGCCCCAGCUCCACCGUCUGGAUGAGGCCGCUGAAGUUUGACUACAGUGACUUCACCUUUAGCCCUCCCUCUGUAUUGGUCUCUCUGAAAGACGACCAUCUUAUGGUGAAGGUGCAGUUCCCCUGUGCAGCCACCAGGAGGUGCUCUCUAGGGUGGUGCUGUCCCAUCUCUGAACUGAUCGACCCAUGGACCACUGUGACUGUGUACAACAAGCAAAAUCACUCCGAGUACCAGAGACGUACGGUUUGGACCCAGGAAGUGGUGUCCAAUGUGGAGUUCUCAGGCUUGGCUCCGGGUCAGAACUACUGCGCUGUGGCCAACUUCUCCUUCCCGACCUUCUCCAUGGCGGCUUCUCCGAAGUCAGCCCCUCAGUGUGUCGAGACGGUUUCCAAAUCAGUGCUGCUGCCCGCGGUGUGUCUGGGAAUCGGAUUGACUUCUCUGCUCCUUGUUCCUCUUCUCGCUGUGUUUCUGAAAAGACCUAAACCAGCUGCACCAGCCUCUGAAAAUCAACCCAAGACUCCGGCGCCUGUUCAGGAUCCAGACUCUAUGGUUCCCCUUUCCCCGGUCCCUGUUGACCCUUGUGACAUCCAUUUGGAAUUUGCCCCUCACACAUAGACUAUCUCUACACUGCCAAGACUUGAGAGAGGUUUGGAUGAACCCAUCUCGAUUACUUUGGGGAAAAAACGCUUGGUUGAUCCCAGGAUGCGGUAACCAGCCCUGUCAACAUAACAACAAAUGUCAGCAGAUGUGAAGGGAAGGAGAUUCUGUCUGAGAUAUGCACAGUCGAAGUCCUGUGAGACAGACUAGGAUUUCAAUUCUCCAUCGAUGCUCGUCCAACAAGGAGCAAACCUCGACACACAUGGUAUCAAAUCCCAGCCAUGUCUUCUGAAGAGACGUGGGAUUCACUUAGAGACCCAUCUGAGUGUUGUUCAGUAGCUUCAUUGGGGGUCUGAAGGGCCUGGCUGCUCCACGUCCAUUUGAAGUUUUAAAAGGAUAAGGGACCUUAUAUGCAAACUAGGUUUUGUUUACUGACUGAAAUAAUGAGAUACAAAGUGAGCAAACUGUGCUGAGAUGUCUUUCAUUGAUGGAUCCUUUUUCAUGCCGUUAUGUACUUUACAUUUAUUCAUUUCCUGACAACUUUGAAUAGUCCAUUAAUUACCAAUGAAUGAAUAUUAAAAAGGUCAUGACCCAACAUUGAAUUCCUUGCUGAAGCCUUCAGGUGACCUCUAACAUGUAAUUAUGUUUAGCUGGCGCCCGUCAUCCCCAUUUUAAUCAUGUAAGCACAUUCCUCUGGCUCUGACUGCUUGUCCGAUAUGAGUCAGACUACGAGGGUCAGAGGAUCGACUGGUGAGUGAGAGCUACCAAUGGAGCAGCAAUAGUUUAUCUGAUGCGUCCAAAAGUAGCUGUUUUCCUGUGCAUGUACCACCGAUUCAGUGAAAAAUCUGGAUGUGGUUCUUCCCCCUCUGCGUUUUUGUGCUGAGGUCCAGUGACACUCAACAGGCCGGUCCAUCAGCUUCAUAAACAAGAAGGUCUGACCCCCCACGUGCAGCCAACAGCUCCUUUUAAAGUGAUAACAGAGGGUAGCUCUUUCUGACUCACAGUUGCCUCCUCUUACCCGUGACUGACGCCUCAUUCUGCCUCCUGCAUGAAAACAAGGAACAUCUUGACAUCUCGCUUUCCUGCCUUCUGUUUUGCUGGUGUUGCAUUCUUUCCGCAACAUUGGGGAGCCUUUGGGGAGGUUUGGCCAUCCAGCAUUGUUUGUUUCCCCUUCUACUUUUUCCAGAGUCCACAGAGACCUGGGGGGUUGUCCAAAGCUCAACAUACAAGCCAGUGUGUUUGGCUUUUAUUAAUAAUAGUGCUUAUUCUGCUUGUGGAGAGAUGAUGAAUGCAUGAAGCAGGAAGCUGGCUUGUGUGAGCGUGAGCACCUGACUACACAACAGUGGAGCUGGUGUGUUGGACCUUUGUUUUUGUUCUGCUAUGUUCUCUAAUAUAUCAACAGCAUUUUUAAUCAGCUCAUGAUUAUUUUGCAUGAACUGAAAACGUUAUGCAUGUUAAAGAGGAGGUUCAUGAAUUAGGUAAAAGUGUAUCAAGGUUUUUUUAAGUGUUUACUGAAGUACUUUAAUGAAACAUUUGUUUUAAAGGCCACUUGUUGAAUCCUUUGUCGGAUAUUAGGGUGGA